AUGCCGGGAUACGCCAAAUUCAUGAAAGAGCUGGUUACAAAGAAAAGGAGCUUGGAGUAUGAAACGAUUGAGGUGCCCCAUAGUUGUAGUGCAAUUAUGACAAAUGAGUCAAUCACUAAGAGAGAAGAUCCUGGGGCAUUCACCAUUCCUUGCACAAUUGGCAUGCUCCAAUUCGCUAAAGCUUUGUGCGAUUUAGGAGCAAGAAUUAACUUGAUGCCCUAUGCAAUAUACAAGCAACUUGGUUUGGGUGAACCAAAGGCAACCACAAUGAGACUCCUUACGGCUGAUCGAUCAAUCAAACACCUUGUGGGGAUACUCUAUGACAUAUUGGUAAAAUUAGAUCGGUUCAUCUUUCCAACUAAUUUUGUGAUUCUAGAUUGCGAGAUCGAUCUUGAAAUCCCCAUUAUCUUGGGAAGGCCAUUCUUAGCUACUGGGAGAGCAUUGGUGGAUGUCAAGAGUGGGAAAUUGAUGUUUCGUGUGAACAAUGAUGAGGUUACCUUUAAUAACUGUAAAUCUAUGAAGCAACCAAGUAAUAUCCAUGUGGUGUCUACUGAGGAUGUUAUAGAUGAGGCAGUGGCAAGUGUGAGCCAUAUAAUGCGCAAGAAUGAACCCCUUGAAUCUGUACUUUCCAAUUAUGAUGAAUCUGAAGUUCAAGGUUACUAUGAAGUGGUAGCUGCCUUAUCAGGGUUAGGAGUAUAUUCAAGGAAUCCAAUCAAGUUGGAUAUCGACUUGAAAAAUAGAGAAAGUCCUUCUACAAAGCCAUCAACAGAAGAACCACCAAAUCUAGAGUUAAAAGCCCUACCCUCUUAUCUCAAAUAUGCCUUCUUAGGAGCCAAUAAUACUUUAAUAGUGAUUAUCGCAACCGAUUUGCUUGAAAGGCAAGCGAAAUUACUCACUGAAGUACUGCAGAAGCAUAUAAAAGCUAUUGGAUGGACAAUAGCUGAUAUAAUAGGAAUUUCUCCUGGCAUCUGUACUCAUAGGAUUCGGCUCGACAAUGAAUUUAAACCUAGUGUGGAGCAUCAACGGAGAUUGAACCCUCCAAUGCAAGAGGUGGUGAAAAAGAAGAUCAUCAAGUGUCUAGAUGCGGGAGUGAUCUACCCUAUUGCAGAUAGUAAGUGGGAGAAAUGUCAUUUCAUGGUGAAGAAAAGUAUUGUUCUAGGACACAAGGAGUUGCAACAAGGGCUAGAAGUUGAUAAGGCAAAAAUUGAGGUAAUUGAGAAACUAUCCCCGCUGAUUUCAGUAAGGGGUAUUCGUAGCUUCUUGGGGCAUGCAGGUUUCUACCGAAGGUAUAUUAAAGACUUCUCUAAGAUUGCACAUCCACUUUGCAAACUCCUAGAGAAGGAAGUGAAGUUCUAUUUUGAUGAUUCUUGUAUGGCCGCAUUUAAGUGUUUGAAAGAAAAAUUAGUAUCCAGCCCAAUUAUCGUCAGUCCUGAUUGGUCUGAAUCUUUCAAAGUAAUGUGUGAUGCUAGUUGUAUGGCAUUGGGAGUAGUGUUGGGGCAAAAGCGCAACAAACUAUUUCAUCCAAUUUAUUACGCAAGUAAAGCUCUGAAUAGUGCCCAGCGAAAUUAUACAGUCACUGAACAAGAGUUUCUCGCAGUGGUCUAUGUAUUUUAA